AUGAAGGGGAGUGGAGGACAGGAGGGUUUGGAUGAGUCAAAGGCCAGGAGGAGGAUCGAGGAAGAGGAGGAGGAGGAGGAGGAGGAAGGUGAAGGUUGGGGUGUCCACCCUGGGAGGGCCUUGGGGGUCUCUGCUCAUCCUGGACCCGCCCCUGCAGCCGCCAUCGUGGGGACAACCAGAGUCCAAGGGACCUCCACGGCCCCCUCAGUGACAGCCACGACCUUCUCAGAGACCACCGAGACCUUCUCAGGAACCACCGAGACCACCUCAGAGACCACCAAGGCCACAUCAGGAACCACCGAGACCAUCUCAGGGACCACCGAGACCACCUCAGGAACCACCAAGACCACCUCAGGAACCACCGAGACCUUCUCAGGAACCACCGAGACCACCUCAGGGACCUCCAAGACUUCCUCAGAGACCACCAUGGCCUCCUCAGAGACCUCCACGACCUCCCCAGAGACCACCUCCACCUCAGAGACCACCAUGACCAUCCCAGAGACCACCACGACCACCUCAUGGACCACCACGACCACGCCAGCGACCUCCAGCACUGACAGGACCAGCAGGAGCACCCCAGAGCUGACCCCAGGCUCCUCAUGGACCUCCACAAUGACCACAGGGAGCUCCAUGAGCACCUCAGAGACCUCCACAGCCUCCUCAGAGACCACCUCCACCUCAGAGACCACCACGACCACACCAGCGACCACCUCCUCCACCUCAGGAACCUCCACAACCACCCCAGGAUCCACCAUGAGCACCUCUGGGACCAACCCAACCACCUCAAGUCCCACCUCUUCCACCUCAGAGACCACCAUGACCAUCUCAGAGACCACCACAAGCACCCCAGGGACCAAAACGACCAUCUUGGGGACCACCACGACCACCCCAGAGGCCACCAUGACCCCCACAGGGACCAUGACCACCUCAGAGACCACCACGACCAUCCCAUGGACCACCUCCUCCACCUCAGAGACCACAACCACACCAGUGACCACCUCCUCCACCUCAGGAACCUUCACAACCACCCCACGGACCACCACAACCACCUCAGGCACCUCCAGCACUGACAGGACAAGCACGAGCACCCCAGAGCUGACCCCGAGCUCCUCAUGGACCUCCACGACACCUCCAGGGAGCUCCAUGAGCACCACAGAGACAGCCACGACCACACCAGUGACAACCUCCUCCACCUCAGAGACCACCACAACCUCCUCAGGGACCUCCAUGACUUCCUCAGGGACCACCACGACCUCCUCAGGGACCACCACAGCCUCAGAGACCACCACAACCACACCAGUGACCACCUCCUCCACCUCAGGAACCUCCACAACCACCCCAGGGUCCACCAUGAGCACCUCUGGGACCAACCCAACCACCUCAAGUCCCACCUCUUCCACCUCAGAGACCACCAUGACCUCCUCAGGGACCUCCACAACCAUCCCCGAGACCACCACAAGCACCCCAGGGACCAAAACAACCAUCCCGGGGACCACCAUGACCAUCCCAGCGGCCACCACGACCACCCCAAGGACCAUGACCACCUCAGCGACCACCACAACCACCCCAGAGUCCGCCCCAACCACCUCAAGGACCACCCUGACAACCUCAGCGACCACCACGACCACCUCUGGGACCACCAUGACCACAUUAGCGACCACCUCCUCCACUCCAUGGAUCACCACAACCACCCCAGGAACCACCACAACCACUCCAGUGACCACCACGACCAACUCUGGGACCACCACAACCAUCCCAAGUAGCACCACAACUGCCCCAGGGACCACCACAACCACUCCAGUGACCACCACAACCAACUCUGGGACGACCACCACAAUCCCAGCAACCUCCACAACCACAUCUGGGACCACCAUGACCAUCCCGAGUAGCACCACAGCCAUCCCAGGGACCACCACAAUCACCCCAGGGACCACCUCCUUCACUCCAGUGACCACCCCAACCAUCCCAGGGACCACCACGACCACUCCAGGGACCACCACAACCAUCUCAAGGACCACCACAACCCCAGCAACCUCCACAACCACCUCAGGGACCUCUACGACCACCCCAGGGACCACCACAACCAACUCUGGGACCACCACCACAAUCCCAGGGACUACCACGGCCACUCCAUGGACCACCAUGACCACUCCAGCAAUCUCCACAACCUCCUCUGGGACCACCACGACCACCCCAGGGACCACCACAACCAACUCUGGGACCACCACCACAGUCCCAGGUACCACCACGACCACUCCAGUGACCACCACAACCAACUCAGGGACCACCUCCUCCACUCCAUUAACCACCACGACCACUCCAGGGACCUCCACUCCCAUCUCAGGGACCACCACGACCACGCCAGAGACCACCACGACCAUCUCAGGUACCACUAUGGCAAACUCUGGGACCACCACCACAGUCCCAGGCACCACCACAACCACUCCUGUGACCACCACGACCACCCCAGGGACCACCACCACAAUCCCAGGGACUACCACGGCCACUCCAUGGACCACCAUGACCACUCCAGCAACCUCCACAUCCUCCUCUGGGACCACCACAACCCCAGCAACCUCCACAACCACAUCUGGGACCACCAUGACCAUCCCGAGUAGCACCACAACCAUCCCAGGGACCACCUCCUCCACUCCAUGGACCACCACGACCAACUCUGGGACCACCACCAGAGUCCCAGGUACCACCACAACCAUCUCAGGUACCACUAUGACAAAUUCUGGGACCACCUCAACAAUCCCAGGAACCACCACAACUACCCCGGGAACCGCCACGACCAUCCCAGGGACCACCACGACCAUCCCAGGGACCACUAUGACCACUCCCAUGACCACCACAAUCCCAGCGACCUCCACAACCACAUCUGGGACCACCACGACCAUCCCAGGGACCUCCACAAUCACCCCAGGGACCUCCACAAUCACCCCAGGGACCACCACGACCAACUCUGGGACCACCACCACAGUCCCAGAAACCACCACGACCACCCCAGGAACCACCACAACCCCAGCGAUCUCCACAACCACAUCUGGGACCACCACGACCAUCCCAUGGAUCUCCACUACUAUCUCAGGGACCACCACGACCAACUCUGGGACCACCACCACAGUCCCAGGUACCACUACAACUACCCCGGGAACCACCACGACCACUCCAGGGACCACCACCACCAUCCCAGGGACAACCACGACCAACUCUGGGACCACUAUGACCAACUCUGGGACCACCACAACCAUCCCAGGGACCACCACCUCUACCCCAGGCACCUCCACGACCACCCCAGGGUCCACCUCCUCUACCCCAGGUACAACCACGACCAACUCUGGGACCACCACCAAAGUCCCAGGAACCACCACAACUACCCCGGGAACCGCCACGACCAUCCCAGGGACCACCACGACCACCCCAGGGACCUCCACUACUAUCUCAUGGACCACCACGACCAACUCUGGGACCACCACCACAGUCCCAGGAAGCACCACAACUACUCCGGGAACCACCACAACCACCCCAGGGACCACCACAACCAUCUCAGGGACCACCAUGACCACUCCCGUGACCACCACAACCCCAACAAUCUCCACAACCACAUCUGGGACCACCACAACCAUCCCGAGUAGCACCACAACCACCCCAGAGACCACCAUGACCACCCCAUGGACCUCCACUACUAUCUCAGGGACCACCACGACCAUUCCAGGGACCACGUCCUCCACCCCAGAGACCACCACAACCACCUCAGGGACCUCCAUAACCACCCCAGGGACCACCACAGCCUUCCCAGGGACCACCACGACCAACUCUGGGACCACCACCACAGUCCCAGGAACUACCACAACCACUCCAUGGACCACCAUGACCACUCCAGCAAUCACCACAACCUCCUCUGGGACCACCACAACCACCUCAGGGACCACCACAACCACCCCAGGGACCACCUCCUCCACUCCAUUAACCACCACAACCAUCCCAGGGACCACCACGACAACCCCAGGGACCACCACAACCACAUCUGGGACCACCACGACCAUCCCGAGUAGCACCACAACCACCUCAGGGACCACUUCCUCCACUCCAUGGACCACCACGACCACUCCAGGGACCACCACAACUAUCUCAGGGACCACCACGACCACCCCAGGGACCACCACGACCACAUCUGGGACCACCACAACCACCUCAGGGACCUCCACAACCACCCUGGGUACCACCACAACCACCCCAGGGACCUCCACAACCACAUCCGGGACCACCACGACCAUCCCAAGUAGCACCACAACCACCACAGCGACCACCACGACCAUCCCAGGGACCACCACAACCAUCCCAGGGACCACCACGACCAUCCCAGGGACCACCACGACCAUCUCAGGGACCACCACGACCACCCUGGGAACCACCACUACUAUCUCAGGGACCUCCACAACCACCUCUGGGACCACCACGACCAUCUCAGGGACAACCACAGCCACCCCAGGGACAACCACAACUAUCUCAGGGACCACCACAACCACCUCUGGGACCACCACCACAAUCCCAGCGACCUCCACAACCACCUCUGGGACCACCACAACCAUCCCGAGUAGCACCACAACCACCUCAGGGACCUCCACGAUCACCUCAGGGACCUCCACUACUAUCUCAGGGACCACCACGACCAACUCUGGGACCACUAUGACCAACUCUGGGACCACCACAACAAUCCCAGGGACCACCACAACUAUCUCAGGGACCACCACAACCACCUCCGGGACCACCUCCUCCAUCUCUGGGACCACCACGACCACCUCAGUGACCUCCACCACCGCCCCGAGGACCUCCACAGCAAUGUCCACCACCUCAGGGACCACCACAACCACCUCAGGGACCUCCACGACCACCCCAGGGACCACCCCAACCACCCUUUGGACCACCGCUGGUCCUCCUCCAGGGCUGUGUGAGAACGGGGGGACCUCCACCGGCGCCGGUUGUCUCUGCAGCCCGUCCUACGCCGGUCCACGCUGCGAGUUCUCCACCGACACCGUGGAGACCAACCUGCCGUUCCCUGGGACCAUCAUGACCACCCUGGACAUGGAGGUGACCGUCACCAACUUCAACUACUCCAAGGACCUGGAGGACCCGACCUCCGAGACCUUCCUCUUCUUCCAGAACCACUUCCGGCAGGAGAUCAAGAAGAUCUACGGGACCAUCCCUGGCUACGAGGGCGUGGAGAUCACCAGCCUCAAGUCCGGCAGCAUCGUGGUGGGACACCAGGUCUUCUUCACCAUGGCCCAGAGCAGCAACACCACGGAGAAGUUCCAGGAGACCACGGAGGAGUUGGUGGAGAACCUCCAGGAGGUGGUGGACAGCCAGGGCAACUGCCAGCACAACACCUCCGUGCUGUGUCUGGUGCUGAGAGGUGACCCCGUGGUCAGCGGCAUGAGGGAGGUGUUGGACCUGGAUGAGCUGUGCCACCAGCGAGCCCCUCCCGGCUACGGUGACUUCUUCUCGGCGUCCAUCUCCUCGGGGGUCCUGCACUGCGUCACCUCCUGCACGCCCAACCGGCCCCAGAGCCUGGAGUGCCACCACGGCCGCUGCCAGGUCACCCGCGAGGGACCCCGCUGCUUUUGCCCGGACCAGGAGCUGUACUGGUACGCGGGGGCGCAGUGCUCGGGCCGGGUCAGCAAGGUGGCCACCGGGCUGGGCCUGGUGGUGGCCCUGCUCUUCCUCCUCUGCCUCGUCCUCCUCGUGGUCCUGAUCUGCCACCGCCACCGGCGCCACCGCAGUGACCUCCCCCCCCAUUUUGGGGGUUCUUGGUACGAACUGGACGAUUUCACCUGGAGCCCCGCGGGGGGGGCCGUGAUCCCCAACCCGGGGGUCGCCCCCCCCCACCCCCCCCCGGGGCACCCCGAGAUCUGGGGGAGACCCCCGGGACCCCCCCCCGGCACCUUCCGACCGUCCUUGGAGCGCGUGGAUCCCUUCCUGCAGCUGAGGACCCCGAGGCCGAAGGUCACCCCUGACCUGUGA